UUCUUUCAAUGGCCUCUCCCAGCCCCCCUCCUCUUCAUCAACGAAAGCAGCGAUGCGCGAGACCACUGCGCCAACGAAAGAACCUUCCUCUCGUACCUCCGCCUGUCCAUAUACAUGGCCAUCGUCUCCGUCGCAAUCACCGUCUCGUUCCACAUCUACCGCACGCCCAGCGAGCUCGAGCGCCAGGUGGCCAAGCCGCUGGGGGCCGUCUUCUGGGUCCUGUCCGUUGUGACGCUUGCUGUGGGGGCAGGGAACUAUAUAAGGACUGUCAAUCUAUAUGGUCGUAGAGCGGCCAUUGUGCAGUCUGGCUGGAAGACACAAAUU